UCAACAAACUGCGACACACCGAGAGACAAGCGCCACAUUUUUGAUGCGCCAAAUAAUUUUGGCAUUUUGAGCAUUGCGGAUCAUAACCACAGUCCAUCAAAUUCGGGGCGUACACCAGGAAUAACGUUAAUGCACUAUGAGUUUAUUUGGGACAACCUCUGGGUUUGGGACAGGAGGGACCGGUGUCUUCGGAAACACAACAACAGACAGUCAUAAUCCUAUGAAGGAUGUUGAAGUGACUUCACCUCCAGAUGACAGCAUCAGCUGUUUGGCUUUCAGUCCCCCCACCAUGCCAGGGAACUUCCUCAUUGGAGGAUCCUGGGCCAAUGAUGUCCGGUGCUGGGAGGUUCAGGAUAAUGGGCAGACUGUCCCCAAAGCCCAACAGAUGCACACAGGUCCAGUACUGGAUGCAUGCUGGAGCGAUGACGGGAGCAAAGUCUUCACUGCUUCCUGUGACAAAACUGCCAAGAUGUGGGAUCUCAACAGCAAUCAAGCAAUGCAGAUUGCACAGCAUGAUGGUCCAAUCAAAGCAAUCCACUGGAUAAAAGCCCCAAACUACAGCUGUAUCAUGACUGGCAGUUGGGACAAAACACUGAAGUUCUGGGACACCCGUUCUCCCAACCCCAUGAUGUCUCUGCAGAUGCCAGAGAGAUGCUACUGUGCAGAUGUUGUGUACCCCAUGGCGGUGGUUGCUACAGCUGAGAGAGGACUGAUAGUAUACCAGCUGGAGAACCAGCCCUCUGAGUUUCGCAGAAUAGACUCUCCUCUCAAACAUCAGCACCGCUGUGUUGCCAUCUUCAAGGACAAGCAGAACAAGCCCACAGGCUUUGCACUGGGAAGCAUUGAGGGUCGAGUGGCCAUCCACUAUAUCAACCCUCCAAACCCAGCCAAAGACAACUUCACCUUUAAGUGCCACAGGUCAAAUGGAACCAACACAACCACUCCACAGGACAUCUAUGCUGUGAACGCCAUCUCAUUCCAUCCUGUCCAUGGCACACUGGCUACUGUGGGCUCAGACGGACGCUUCAGCUUCUGGGACAAAGACGCCCGCACCAAGUUGAAGACCUCAGAGCAGCUCGACCAGCCCAUUACAGCUUGCUGCUUCAACCACAAUGGCAACAUCUUUGCAUAUGCUUCAAGUUACGACUGGUCGAAGGGCCAUGAGUACUACAAUCCCCAGAAAAAGAACUACAUCUUCCUGAGGAACGCUGCAGAGGAGCUGAAGCCUCGGAACAAGAAAUGAUUCGUCGUGCCAAGUUGCAUCUCUUGUGGGGAAAUGCGGAAGACCUGCUGCUUUAGUGUGUGUAUAUGGUCGAGACAGACUCCUUCCUUUCGGCAAACACCUGGACCAAUGCCGCGCUGCUGCGUACCGUGCAUGGACCAAUCAGAGGGGCCCACCCAACCUGGCGUUGAUGACAGCUGCGUGACAAUUGGUCGUAGAGGUCAUCAUAGGGAAGGGCUUUUUGGGUCAUUCAUCAUGAUGUUUCAAUUUUUUUUUUUUCAAUGUGUCCUCAUUCUUUACAGCUUUCCAAAGACUUUUCAUUCUCUUAUGAAUCUGCUGUUACUCUGUGGUUUAGGUCCAUGAAUGAAACUGAGAUGUAAAAUAAAUAACUAAGUGCUUACUAUUAGAUUUGAACAUGUUUAUUCAAGCCUGAGGGAGCAUAUUGUGUUGGCUGUUGAAUUGUUUGUCGGGGAUUCACAGAACUGUAUUGUGCAUGCGAAACCAUCAACCACUAUCUCCUGUUUCAGCUGUAAAUCUCUUCAUCAUAUGGGUCUCUGACAUUGGAAUCAUAACACCAAAUGAUAAAACUUUGGAAAACAUCUGUGCCACAACAA